AUGGCACAAAUUUUUCCGACUCCUCCUGGUGGUGAUGAUAUGCCGCCACCGCCCUCAAAUGGUGGUCCGGACGGUGGUGGCGGUGGCGGUCCGGGAGGUGGCGAUCCAAUGUCCUCAUCCUCAUCACCUAUCGAAAUACACAUCUAUUUAUAUGGUUAUUCAGCUCUAUAUUCCAGAUCUUCGCAAAAUGCCUUCCAAGAUCUUUACGAAUCGGAGCUGGAGUUGGCUGAGCAGCAAGCCGUAUUAUCGGGCGAUUUCAUGCGUGUCUUUUCUGGAGCCGGUACACAAUUAGACUCAUCUCCCGAUAUAUCGCUCGAUGGAUCCGUUAAUAUUGCUAUUAGAUGGAUAACCAGAUACAUCUAG